ACACCCACGGCCCCGCCGCCGCCGCCGCCUCCGCCGCCGCCGAGGCCUCCCGCACCCUCCGGGAUUAUAUAGCUAAUCCAUCAACCAUCGAUAUGGCUUAUAAUGUCCUGAUUGACCAUGCUCUUGCAGAAAGGGAUCGGAGCCCAGCAGUUGUCCCAAGAUGCGUGGCAUUAUUAAAGAGAUAUCUUAUCCGGUAUAUUCCAAGGAUGCAAACGCUACGUCAAAUCGACAUCUUUUGUGCAAAUACCAUGGCAAAGUAUGACCCAGUGGCAGGUCACAGAGCAUCAUCAUUUGGCCAGAACAUUGGAUCAUCUGCAGCUUUGCCAAAUUCCUCUCUUGCUGCCCCACCAAUAUCGAACUUUGCUUCAGCAUCUCUUGUGAAAUCUUUAAACUAUGUUCGCUCAUUAGUUGCCAGGCAUAUUCCAAGGAAGUUAUCAUUCCAACCAAUUACUCAGUCUCUGGCAUCAACCUCUACAAAACAGUCGCUUCCUUCACUUUCAUCAUUUUUGAAUAGGUCCUUACAGUUGAAUCCAGAAGCUGUUACCAACAGAGAACAUCUUGAAUCAAAGGAAUUGCAAACUGCACCCGAUUUAACAUCAUCAGCAAGUGAAAAGGUCGAUGGUGGAGAGCAUGGAUAUGAUAUCAAGUAUAUAUCCUUCGACAUUCUAAAUUGGCGAUGGCAUAUAUACGGUGAACGUCAAACAUCAAGUUCUGCCAAGGAAAGCAACGAUCUUGCAGGCCUUCAAGAUUUUCAUACACAUGGUUUUCUUGAAGUUGGUGCUGCAGCUCUUCUAGUAGGGGAUAUGGAGGCAAAGAUUAAUGAUCAACAAUGGAAAUAUUCUGUUAUCCAGGAAUUUCCUGAUAUUGAUUUGUUGCAACCUUCAACUUCGACAGCUAGCACUUUUGCGUCAUCGCAGGGUCAUCUGAAAGCAAUAACUGCCUCAAAACGCAUGAAAUCGGGACCGAGCCAAGUUUGGGUGAAUGUACCUGCAAACACAUUCCAGCCUCGAGCACGCCCCCUUUUUCAGUAUAGGCACUACAGUGAGCAGCAACCCUUACGAUUGAAUCCUGCUGAAAUUUCUGAAGUCAUAGCUGAAGUUUGUUCAGAAACAACUUCAAAUGCAAAUCAAUUGAAUGCUCCUUCAAGAUUGACCACCCAGAAUCGGCAACCUUCAGCGGAUGUGGCAUUUAGUGUCCUCAUUAAACUUGUUAUUGACAUGUAUAUGAUGGACUCUGAAGCUGCCGCUCCUCUGACACUUUAUAUGCUUGAGGGCAUGUUAAGCUCUCAGAAAUCACCUGCCAGAACAAAGGCUUUCGAUCUGAUUCUAAACCUUGGGAUUCAUGCACACCUGCUGGAGCCUAUGAUAGUUGAAGAUGCACCACUUAUUGAAAAAGGUGAAACUACAAGCAGCUCUUAUCUGAACAAUGAGUACGGACCCAAUAUGGAUGAACAGAGGCCAGCGGAACCUGAAGAAGAGCAAAGGAUUAGUCCUGCUAUUGAUCAGUUUGAGUCAUGGCUUCUCAAAAUACUAUUUGAAGUUCUUCUUCUCUUGGUUCAGAUGGAGGAGCGGCAGGAAAUCGUGUGGGCAUCAGCUUUAAGUUGUCUAAUUUACUUUGUUUGUGAUGGAGGAAAAAUCAUCAGGAGCAGACUUGGAGGUUUGGACAUAAGGGUUGUUAAGACUCUUCUUGAGAUUAGUGUGGAACACUCGUGGGCAAAAGUAGUGCACAGCAAGCUCAUUUGCAUGCUGACAAAUAUGCUGUACCAAGUACCAGAUGGGAGUGGUGCACUUGAUACACAUUUUGUUCCUGAGCGGAUAGAUCUUCUUGGUGGAGUUGACUAUAUCUGUCUUGAGUAUUCACGAGCCAACUCGAAGGAAGAGAAGCGAGAUUUGUUUUUUGUUCUUUUUGACUAUGUAGUGCAUCAAAUAAACGAAACAUGCUUGGCUGGUGGUCUUUCAACAUAUACUUAUGAUGAUGCUCAACCCCUUGCUUCCCUUCUUGCAUCUGCUGAUGCUCCGGAGGCCUUCUAUAUAUCUGUCAAGCAUGGUGUUGAAGGUGUUGGGGAUAUGCUGACAAAAGCUAUAUCUGCGGCAUUAUCACAAUCAGCAGAAUACGAGCAAUUAAACGUGCUUCUGGACAAGGUCAUCAGGAAGCUUGAUGGAACUGUGAGCACAUUUUCAAGGAUUGACAACGAGUUUGCUUAUAUGAUCCAAGUAACAAAAUCCUUGAAGUGUUUCAGCAGCAUCAAAGAUGGAUCUGAAGAUGGCGACGUUGCAUCUAGGGCAAGGCUUUGCUGGGCUACUUUGCACUCGCUUCUUCACUCACAAAUUUCAUCAUACAGGCACCAUGGAUAUAUUUGGUUAGUUGAAUUGCUCCUCUCGGAAGUCAGUGAAGAAACAGAUGGCUCUGUUUGGUCUAAAAUCCAAAACCUCCAGGAGGAAAUUAAAGAUGCUGGAAGCCACGACACCUCGUGUCCAGAAGUUUCACUGCCCGUUUGUUUGCUAUGCGGGCUUCUGAAAUCAAAACACAACUACAUCAGAUGGGGAUUUCUAUAUGUUUUAGAGAAAUUUCUGAUGCGCUGCAAAUUAUUAUUGGAUGACAGUGACAUGCAGGAGCACUCAGUUGCUUAUCAUAGCAAAAACCGUCUGGACAAAGCUUUUGCGGUUAUAGAUAUUAUGAGUACUGCUUUGCUACUCGUGGUUCAAAAUAAUGAGACAGACCAUAUCAACAUCUUAAAGAUGUGUGACAUGUUGUUUUCACAAUUAUGUCUGAGGCUUCCAUCCACAAAUGUGAUGCAACUGGGCGGUCUUCAAUCCCUUGGUCAACUUUUUGGUUGCACAACUAAGAACAUCGAGUGCACUUUGGAAACCCUUGCAUCACACAAAAUUGUAGGAACAAAGAGCCUCUGCAGGAAUGAGACAUUGCAAGAUACAAGCAUGAAUCAAUCCACUCAAUCCGCUCUGCUCUGUGAAACAUCAAUGGCAGCACUACUUCUGAAAGGUCUUGCGAUUGCUCCGAUGCAGCUCAGCCCUUGUACCAACUUCAUUAUUUUUCUGGCCAUUGAUGCAACUUGAAGGUGCUGCCAGUGAUGAUAUUGCAUUGGGUAUUGCUGUUGGUAGCACAGGAAGAGGCAAUAUCCCUGGUGCUACAUCAGAUAUUAGAGCA